UGCCAGAUUUGGCUACUUUACGCCAAAUUGGCUACUUUUAAAAGGCCGCGGCGACAAAAAAAUGACGUUGGCUACUUGGCUACUUUUUGGCUAUUGUUCUGGCACCGGCAUAAACAGCUAAUAUACGCUAAAACGUAGCGCAACUAUCACAAAAUAAGUGUUCAUUCGCACUGCCGGCUGCGGCUCCCUCGGUGUAAUGGCUUUUGUGUACUCUGUAUACAGGAAACAAUUGCGUGCGCCCGAAACACGUCACGGCCGCCAUGCUCUUCACAUUAUUAAUGGAACUCAUCUAGGUUAGGCAACACUGUAACGUAGCUGGCGCGGUACUCGUUCAGUCUUGCUAGCCGCUAUAGUUCUGCGUUGUAUGUGUGGUGGGCCUGGUGGCCGCGCGCGGCGCGGUCCAUGUGCACCGGUUCAACAAAAGUCGAAACUACAGCUCAGCCAUGGGCAAGCACGCCACUGCACGAAGGAUGUUUCGGCAACAGUGGCUGGAGGACCCAAAGCUAAAAGACUGGAUUGCCCCUGCAGAAAGUGGCCAAGCCUUCGCACGGUGCAAGGUUUGCUCCUGUGAGGUACGGGCACACUACGCGGACCUGACUAAGCAUGCCGAAACAAGAAAGCACCGCACAAGAGUGGCACCAAGCGACCAGCACCGGUUGCGAGAUGUUCUCGCGCCUGCUCUUGCGUUUGACGAAGAACAAAAAAGAUGCGCUCUUAAAAUCGCUCUUUUCACAGCUUGCCACAUGCCGAUAAGAUGUGUGGAUGAGCUUUCAGAUCUACUCAAAGGAGAGCUCAAGUUCGACCUCGUGAUGCACCGAACAAAGUGCACAGCCCUAAUCAUUGGAGUCCUGGCACCAUAUUUCGCCGAAUAUCUACAGAAGGACAUUUCAAAACAGCCUUAUUCGCUGUUGGUCGAUGAGUCGACCGACGUUUCAGUCAGAAAACUGGUAUGUGUGUCUGUACGGUAUUACAGUGCAACUGCGAAAAAAAUAACCACUACUUUUUUGCACUUGGUGGAGACUGAAGAUGGAAAAGCAGAUACCAUUUACAAUGCAGUACAAUGGGCACUCCGUGACAGUGAGCUAGAUCCAAAACAUUGCAUUGGACUUGCAACGGAUGGCGCAAACGCCAUGUGCGGCCGCAAUAACUCUCUAUGGAAGAAAAUGAGGGACGAUAACCCUUCGAUUACACUUGUGAAGUGUGCGUGUCACUCAUUGGACCUGGUUGCUUCUAAAGCGAUGGAGGCGAUGCCAGCGAGCCUAGAAUUUAUGAUCCACGAAACCCACAAUUACUUUGCACACAGCAGCUCACGGCAGGCUGUAUACAGGAGUCUAUACAGCGACAGCAAUACAAUGCACGAAAAGAAUGAACCAUUAAAGAUUCUAUCGCCCUCUGCCACAAGGUGGUUAGCGAUUGCUGACUGUAUCGAGAGAAUACUAGCUCAAUAUGAUGUCCUAAAGAAGCACUUUGCGUCUGUUCCUGACAAGGCGUACAGUGUACGCCUCCUUAAAGAAAUGUAUCAUGACGAGAGGAACCGCGCAUACCUUCUCUUUUUAGAGCCACUUCUUACUGACCUCAAGAGAGUGAACAAGCUUUUCCAAGGAGAAGAUGUAGACCCGCUCGGCGUUUUCGAAGAGCUGCAAAAGCUUUACAAACGCCUUGUGGCAAGGAUACUAAAGCCAUCUGUGCUACGACAUCAUGAUGAAGUGAGCAUCUGCGACAUUGACCUAAUGAACCUUGAGUCAAUCUUCCUAGGCCUAGAUGACGUAGAUUUUGGUGGCAGCUUCACUGACCACGUCAGCAAUAUACGCCUCACAACUGAAGAGCAACACUCACUAAAACGACGUUGCUUUGCUUUUCUUAAGGCUUGUGCCUCUGAUCUUCAGAAACGUCUUCCGAAUGCUACGUCUUUGGUGCGGAAGCUGAGAGCUAUUAGUCCGUCAUCUGUUUUGGGGGCGAAUGCGAUGAAUGCUUUGAAAACGUUGCCAAAAGACGUAUUUGGUUGCCCCGAGCACCGCAUUGAGGAGCAAGUACGGCACCUUCGUCAAGUUGAGGAUGUGAAUGCCGACAUGCCAGCAAUUGAAUUCUGGACCAAAAUAUACACCUACCGGGAUGCAUCAGGUGCUAAUCCAAUGCAAGACAUUGCAGACGGCGCAAUGAAACUCCUUGUUCUCCCUAUAUCUAACGCGGAAGCGGAACGAGUGUUUUCUGCUGUGGCUCUCACAAAAAGCGACUUAAGGAAUGGAAUGUCGCACGAACUUCUCCUCGCGAUCAUCAGGAUCAAAUUUGGACUACGUCUGAAAGGUGUUACAAGUUCUACAUUUACAGUACCGCGGGCCAUGCUGGCAAAAGUGAACUCGAAUAUGUACACUUGACUGUCAGUGCAACAUUAAUUGUCAAUUUUCUAGUCUCAAUGCUUCCCCCAGGAAGUCACCUGGUCAUUUUUUUAUUCUACUGUGAUGUGAUAAACAUUACUGUGAUAUAUAUUUUUGUAUUGUUAAGUGUAAAUGCGUGGUGAUAAUUCAGCUAAACUGAAAUCACGUUUGGCUACUUUUCUGGCUCCAAAAUAAAAUAACGGCUGCCAGUUGGCUACUGUUCUGGCUA